CUGUUUUUCUCCUUCUUUUUUCCACACUACCAGGAGGAAGAAAAAACCCAAAACCCACCUCCAUAAAACAGCUCCUCUGGUCACGCCAACUUGCAACUUCACCAGCAGAAACUUCACAAGUUAGCUCUCCUCCUGUCACGAGAGCGUGGCAAAAACCCAUUGAAUUUUAAGCUUUCUUCCCCUGCAUUAAAUACUCUGCCCCAUCUUCGUUUCCACAAUUAUAGAUUAGCUGCUGCGGCUGACAGAGAAAGAGAAAAAAAGGAAACAACCCAAAAUCAUGGGUCUGUUGGCUUUACUUGUCGCGGUGGUCAUCAUCAAUUUGGGCAGUCCAGCUCUCGGCGACGAUGCUGUAAAUGGCGGCGCUUCCUUCGUCUUCGGGGAUUCGUUGGUUGAUGCUGGCAACAACAAUUUCUUCUCCACUCUGUCCAAGGCCAACAUUCGGCCCAACGGGAUCGAUUUCACGGCGUCGGGCGGGAGUCCCACCGGGAGAUACACCAACGGGAAAACCAUCAGUGACAUCGUCGGUGAAGAACUCGGGCAGUUGAACUACGCGCUGCCGUUCCUAUCACCCAACACCACCGGAAAGGCGCUCCUUUCCGGGGUCAACUACGCCUCCGGCGGCGGAGGGAUCAUGAACGCCACCGGGAGAAUCUUCGUCAACAGGCUGGGCAUGGACGUGCAAAUCGACUACUUCAACAUCACGAGGAAGCAGCUCGACCAGCUUCUGGGAGCAUCCAGGGCCAGAGAAUUCCUCACCAAGAGCUCCAUCUUCUCCAUCACCGUCGGCGCCAACGAUUUUCUCAACAACUACCUCCUCCCCGUCCUCUCCGUCGGCGCCAGGGUUUCUCAGAGCCCCGAUGCCUUCAUCGACGACAUGAUCUCACAUCUGCGAGCUCAACUCACGAGGCUUUACCAAAUGGAUGCUCGGAAGUUUGUGAUCGGCAACGUGGGGCCGAUCGGAUGUAUUCCGUACCAGAAGACGAUAAACCGGUUGAAGGAGAACGAAUGCGUGGAUUUGCCCAACAAGCUUGCGCUUCAGUACAAUGGCAGGCUGAAGGAUUUGCUGGCGGAGAUGAAUGACAAUAUGCCCGACGCCGUGUUUGUUCACGCUAAUGUCUAUGAUUUGGUCAUGGAGCUCAUCAGCAAUUAUGCCAAAUACGGAUUUACGACUUCGAGCAGGGCUUGUUGUGGAAACGGAGGACAAUUCGCAGGAAUAGUACCGUGUGGACCAACAUCGAGUAUGUGCGGGGAUCGUUCGAAGCAUGUGUUCUGGGAUCCAUACCAUCCCAGCGAGGCUGCCAACGUGAUCAUCGCAAAACAGCUGUUGGAUGGAGACACCAAGUACAUCUCCCCCAUGAACCUUAGGCAGCUGAGAAACCAUUGACGAAUUUGCAUGAAGGAAGAAGAAAUUGUUUUGGGUUUUUAAUUUGUGUGUGUGAAAGUGAAAUUCGUGGUGCAUGCAUGAUGCAUGCAUGGGUGUUUUAGUUUCACAAAUGGAAUUUGUAUUUUUUUACUUUUAUGUUUUAUGUUUCUUUUUCGCCUGUUUGAGCAGCAACAGAGUUAUUGUUCACGUGUCCAAGAGGAGGGUUUUGCUCUGUUCGUCAUGUUUUAAGGGAUAUGAUAAAAUACAAAAUUCAGAACUACAAAAUUCGUGUCU